AUGACUCUAACCAAGAUCAACUUCAUCACCGGUAACAAGAACAAGCUCACCGAGGUGCGCGCCAUUCUCGGCAGCGUCAUCGAGGUCGACAAUCAGGCCGUGGACGUCCCGGAAAUCCAAGGCACUAUUGAAGAGAUCGCUAAGGAGAAGGCGCGUCGUGCUGCUGAAGCGAUCAACGGCCCCGCGCUGACGGAGGAUACUGCGCUUGAGUUCAACGCUCUUAAGGGUCUACCGGGUCCAUACAUCAAAUCUUUCAUGGAGUCUCUAGGCCUUGAGGGUUUGAACAAGAUGCUUGAUGGUUUUGAGGACCGCAGCGCAGAGGCAGUGUGUACUUUUGCUUUUUGUCGGGGACCUGGCGAGGAGCCUCUUAUUUUCCAGGGUCGGACUGCGGGCACUAUUGUGCGGCCAAGGGGCCCGACGAAAUUCGGCUGGGACCCAAUCUUCGAGUACGAAGGUCAGACAUACGCGGAGAUGGAGAAGGAGGCAAAGGUAAGCGCUUUUUUAGCCCUCUAUUCUGUACCACUGCCAGUACCGGCACUGGUAUGGGCGUGCAGAGAUAUCCACGAAAUCAAGUUACUAACGCCCCUUGGCCCUGUUUCCUUCCAGAACCGGAUUUCUCACCGGUACAAGGCGCUGGUCAAGUUCCAGCAGUGGUUAGCAGAAGGCCAGCAGUAA